AUGCCCGUGGAGAACGCCAACAAGACUUCCGCCGUUGUGGACGGUGAGGAUGACUCAGAUGACGGCCAUACACCCCACUCAGCCACGAAAAAUAGCUGUGCUUCUUUGGAGGAAGAACUUAAACAAAACAUCGCCACACUACACCAAAAGGCACCAUCUACGCCUACAGUGCAGGAAGACAAUCCCACUGUAGAGGAUGCACCUUGUAAAGCGUCCAUCUCACCAACAAAAAUGCUUCACCAGCAGGAUCUGCAAUACGCAAGAAACGCAGGUUCAGGAGCUUCCUCAUUGCAGAUGCGGCUAAACACGCUACAGGCUGCCCUUCGGGGUGACAAAAAGAGACCUCGCAUCCCUCCCUUUCUGCGCGACCAUGUGACGGUGCAGAGUUCGUCUAUAGCCGCGGCUGAUGCCCCGGCAGGUGAUGGAGCUGCUGUACCCUCAAUAACGGCAGAUCGAUUUAGCCUGCCUUCUCGAGUGAAAGUCGCCAAUUCUGAACAAAAAGGCCUGAUUAGUGGCGCGUCACUCCUUUGCACAGCUCAAGAUUUAGGUCACCCGUCCAACACUACACACGUGACCAAACAUAACCAGGUCUACAAUUGCUGGAGGAGUAUUUUUGCGGAAAUCCACGCUAGUUCACUUCGACAGACGACGAGGAUUGCUUCGAAAUUUUCUGGGGAGCUCCUUGCUCAGAAGGAGCUUCUCGACGACGCUAACCAGAGUAUUCAGAACACCAUUCGUGUAUCGAAUUUACUUACUGAUGCUCUCGACUGCUUUUGCUCCGUGUCCUUUGACUCCUAUCCGGUUCUCGGCUUGCGAACGUCAGCAACAACAAAUGACAAGUCCUAG